AAUAUUUUUACCAGGCGAUUAUUUACUUUUACAUUAAAAUGGCGGAUGUUUUUGCAAAUUUUUAUAAAAUUUAUUUUUCGGAAAAAGUUUUCUUCAGUAAUUACAUCAUAUGCUAGCUUGAGAUGUUAUGGAUAACUUAUAUUCAUCUCAACCAUUAAAAAAUAUUGUUUUGGUUUCAAGAUAUUCUUCUCCUCAAUCUCAAUUUGACAGUAUUUUAUCAGGAAGGCUUCCAACAAUUAGUGAGGAAGAAAAUAAACACUUUUUGAAUAACCAUUUUAAAAAUAUUAGUUUGCAAAGUGGAAUACGUUUUGUACGAAGUAAUUCCCAAUUAGUUUCUAACAGAUAUCAAGCUAUAUCACAAAAUCACUUAUUGCACAGAGCUUAUCAAAACAGAAUGACAACAGCUGGAGUACCAAGUAAAAUAUAUAUGUCUCCUCAGCAGGAUUCUUUAAGUCCUAAUAGAAAUAAUCAAAUGUAUAAUACAAGCUUGGCACAAUGUGCUGUAGCACCCCAACUUCAUAGAAUGCAAACAUCUGUUUCACAGCAUCAACCUUAUUUAUCUCCUUUAGAAAAUAAUAAAGUAUAUGAAACCCAUAGAUCAAAUCAAGAAUCUGAUGUAAAUGAACAAUAUUAUCCAUAUCGUAAAGAUUUAUUAAGUGAAUCAAAUAAAAAUGACAAUUAUGUAGUUAAAUUACCAAGUGGUGUAAUACAUCAAUAUCCAAAUCCUGAUUAUCCUUUGUCUACAUAUACUCAAAAUCUUUCAGAAAAGUACUUAAACGCUACAGCUUCAUACUCAACUGAUACAGCUCCAUAUCCUCAUCAAAACAAUCAUUUGAACACAAAUUCAGUUCAAAACUAUCAAAAUAGUGGAUAUAACCAGCAACAAGGUUUUUACCUUAUGAUGGAUCAACCACAAUUUAAUACUAUUUCAGAUCAGGGACCACUCAAUUAUGCAUAUCGCUCUACUGUAGUUGAUUCACCAGAAGCUAGUCCAACACCUGUACAAGAUGGUAUUUUUAAAGUACCAGCUUCACCAUUAGCACAACGCAAACAACACAAUCACCAGAAUAAACCAGACAUUUAUAAACUAGACUCUCCUCUUAAUCAUCUGUACAUACAAGAUAUGUCACUAGACAGUCCAUUACCACGUUCUGAAAACUAUGAAGUUGAAAGCAUGCCAAACAUCCCUCCUCGAAGUUCAUUAUUUCAAACAUCUAAUUAUCAAAUAUCUAGAAUUUCACAACAAGUUAGUCCGCAAACAGUUUACAGUUCAAAUCAUUCUGGACAAUCAACAAUCCAAACUGCUUAUCCUGUCCAACAAAGGAUACGUUCUGGAACUGUUGAAAUGAGUGAUGUAAAUGCUAAUAAACAGGAUUCUCUCGAAAGCUUGCAACGUGGCCGCGCAGGAACUGUUGAAAUGAUAGACUCAGUCAAAUUUGAACAAAGAGUACGAUCUGGUACAGUGGAUAUGGCUGAUGGAUCUAAUCAAGUUUAUUACUCACCAACAAGUUUGCAACAAGCUCAGCAGUUUUAUAACUCUUCUGAAGCUUUACAACCUCAAUCACCACAAAAACAUGUUUCUCAGCAACAAAAUUACUCACAUCAGUUUUCACAACAACAACAACAACAACAUCUUGAUCAACAACAAGAUCAGCAACAAUAUUUUAAAGAAGAAUCUCUUCAAAAAGCUUACCUAUUGGAACAAGUUCCAAAAGAUUUUCAACAACCUUUAUUAUAUAAAUCAAAUGAAGUGACAAGUAAAUAUACCAAUCAGCAGUCUGAACUGAACAUUCAACCAAUACCUCAACAUCAAAAUGCAGUUCAAGAGUGUUAUGAAUUGAAAGCUUCAACUUAUAAUGAAGCUCCAGCUGUACAGAAGUUGUAUAAGGUACAAAACAAUAAUAUAAUAACUUCUUAUAAAUGCAAUGAAAAAGAUGAGAAACAACCUCCUUUGCAUGAUACCGACAAACACAUGCAAAAAUCUACAAAUGUUAAACUUAACUCAAAUUGUAUACAGAGUAAUAAUCAACUAUCAGAUCCUUUGAGCAAUCCUAAAAUGAACGAAAACACUUCUAUUAAUUAUGUUAGUUCUAAUCCACUAUCUGUUCCUUUGACAUCCAGUCAAAUUACUUUGACAACCAGCGCUAAUAAAAAUGAAUCAAACAGUUAUUUAGAUAAAGAUUUAGAAGCUCAAAAGAAGUUAAUGCAACAACAAUAUGUACAACGGGUACAACAAGCUCAUUUACAACAACAACUUCGACUAAUACAAGAAGAUUAUGAGGCAAAUUUACAAUUAGAAAGAGAUAUUGCUCAAGAGUAUCUUCAUGAACAAUCUCGCCAAAGUUAUUUACCAGAACAGUUGUAUCCUGUUAAUAGCGUACAACAAGUUUUUCCUCAGCAAGAACUUUCUCCAAAAAUUUUAUCAUAUGAAUCUCAAAAAUGUUAUCCUUCCUUUACUGCAAAAUUACCUGUAAACUCUAUGACCAGUACUGAUAUAGUUCCGCCAAUUCGUUUGCAAUCUCAACAACCAUAUUCUGCUCAAAAUCAUACAUCUCAAAAACAGCUUUUGUCACAGCAACCUAAACUUUUGUCUCAACAACAACAACAGUACUUUCCACAACUGCAAACAGAUAUUUUAACUCAGCAACAGUAUAUAUCUCAACAACAACAAUAUUUACCUCAGCAACAUCAUAUACCCUUACAACAACAUUUACACCAGGAACAAAAUUUAUCCCAGCAACAACAUUUAUCUCAGUACCAGCAAUUAUCUCAGCAACAACAUUUACCUCAGCAACAACAUAUACCUCAAAAACAACAUUUAUCUCAACAAGAAAAUUUAUCUCAGCAUCAACAUUUGCCUCAGCAACAACAUUUCUCACACCAACAAAAUUCAUCUCAGCAACAUCAUUUAUUACAGCAACAACAUUUACCUCAGCAACAACAUUUAUCACAGCAACAACAUUUAUCUCAACAACAACAUUUAGCUCAGCAACAACAUUUACCUCAGCAACAACAUUUAUCUCAGCAACAACAUUUACCUCAGCAACAACAUUUAUCUCAGCAACAACAUUUAUCUCAGCAACAACAUUUAUCUCAACAACAACAUUUACCUCAGCAACAACAUUUACCUCAGCAACAACAUUUACCGCAGCAACAACAUUUACCGCAGCAGCAACAUAUACCUCAACAGCAACAUUUACCUCAACAACAACAACAACAACAUUUAUCUCAACAAGUACCCAUACCUCAGCAGCAACAUUCUCAACAAAACAACCAGCCAAUUGUUAUUAUGCCAGGGGGUGGACCGAUGUCAAAUCCUGGGCAAUAUAUAACUUCAUCAAAUUUAGGUCGAAACUUUAUGCAGCAAACAUCAGAUCAUUAUUUAUUGCCUAUGAAAAAUCAAAGUGUGUUGCCAACUCCAGUUGAAAGCAAGCCACCAACUCCAUUUCAGAAACUUAGGAAAAUCGCUGAAGAUAUUUCCUCAUUUGUUGAUGAUAUUGUGAAAUUUAAAGGAGCUAAAGAUGGAAAUGAGUACAAAUAUUUGGAGGAAAUGCUUACAAAGCAAUUACUUUUGCUUGAUAAAGUUGCAGCUAAUUCGAGUGAUGAGUUAAGAAACGCACGUAAAUCUCUGGUAAAAGAAGUUCAGGAACUGCUUGAAAUACUUGAUCGACGUGCAACAAAAAGUCCUUUAAAAUAAAAUGAAUGUUAACGAAGAACUCGACAUCUAUAAUGAAUUCAAUAUGUGUUUCAUUACUUAAUCGAAAUAUUCAGGUUUUUAAUGACCGAAGUACUUGAAUUCUGAUGACUUUUUAGAAGUCAAAUAAAUUUAUUAAAACUUUUAAUACUGCUUGUGUUUAUAAUGUAAUAUUUAUUAAUCUAA